UGUCUUUUUUGGUGAGUCCCAGUGUCUCCCUGUGGAUGACUGUUCGGCAGUUAGUUGUGAUUCUGGUGCAGAACGUCCUUGUACUCUGCCAUCUUGAAGCAAUCUCAGUUCCAUUUUUUUUUUUUUUUGUCAGUGCUUGUUCAGCAGUUGUGAUUUUGGUGGGAAUCCUAGGAGAGGCUGCAGCAGCAGCAACCAAGUUGAAGAGGCUGGAGAGCUUUAUCCCCUUUUUGCCUCUAGUUUAUCUAAAGUUUUCUCCAGCCCAGAAACUGAUUUAUGUCCUCACACUUGUAGGAGAGGAAAUCAGACCUUUAACAUUUGUGGCCAAUGCAGAGCUCACCUUUUGGAAGGUUUGGAUCCUUUCCUCCCAGGCCCGGGCAGCCCAUCAGCCCCUUAGGGACAGUCAGUUGUGGAGGAGUUCCAACGCAGAGAAGAAUGCACACUUUGAAAAAUCCACCCCGUGUCUGCUGAUUGGAGCAUUUAGACCACUGACAUUUAAAGUCAUUAAUGCAAAAACUCGAUGCAUCUUGGCACCUCCCUUACCUCCUGAGAGGCUGUCUCCUGGGCUUAAAACUUUAACUUGCAGCUUUUGGGUUGUGUGUUUUCCUUCAGUCAGCGGCUUUGGUGACCUGAAGGGAACUUGGAGCAGGCUUCUCCUCUGCCUGAGCCCUGCAGGGACUGGCCAGCAGAGGCCUCUUGUGCCCAGCUGUCUCCUUGAUUAUUGGAAUAAAAAUGAAGAUGUCCCUUCUUUGGAGCUGAAAGCCCUUAUGAGCCAUCUCCUUCCUGACAGCACUGGCUUUCUCAGGCAACUGGGAAACUUGUGGGAGUGGUGGAGCCUCCCAGCAACCUUACUGACAUGGUCCAGUUUCAAGGAACGGCACCAGAAAACAGACACCUGGACACACAAGGGAGGCAGCCUGAACUCACACGAAGGCUGUGGAUACACGCAGACGGGAGGCCUAUCCUUCCCUUUGAAGCUCAAUGCCCUAUGACCUACAACCAGGAGACUCUGUAUACUGGAAAAGGCAUCAUUUAAAGGACUCUCUCCAACCUCGAUGGAAAGUCCCUAUCAGGUUCUUUUAAGUAGCUCAUGCACAGCAAAAUCGAAGGUAACUGACUCUUGGAUUCAUAUUUCCCACC